GCCGGCCGCCCCUCCCGAGCCGAGCGCCCGAGCCGAGGAGCCGCGCCGCGCCGCCCGCCACGCUGGCCACAGCCGCCUCGCCCUCGGUGGACGCCGCCAUGGCGCUGCUGCUCGAGUCCGAGUUCAAGGUGCUGCCGGCCGACAAGCAGAUCGAGACGCAGCCCUUCCUCGAGGCCGUCGCCCACCUGCCGCCCUUCUUCGAUUGCUUGGGGACUCCAAUAGUGUAUUCUCCAGUCAAAGCCGAUCUCGCUGGGAACAUUAAGAAAAUACGAGCCGUUUACGAGACCAAUCCAACCAAGUUCAAAACGCUGCAGAACAUCUUGGAAGCGGAAAAGGAGAUGUACGGAUCAGCCUGGCCAAAGGUUGGGGCCACCUUGGCGCUCAUGUGGCUGAAAAGGGGCCUGAAGUUCAUCCAGGUCCUGCUGCAGAGCCUCUGUGACGGCGAGAGGGACGAGGACAACCCAAACCUCAUCCGGGUCAACGCCAUCAAAGCCUAUGAAAUGGCCCUGCGGAAGUACCAUGGCUGGAUGCUGCAGAAACUCUUCAUGGGCUCUGUGUACGCUCUUCCUUACAAAUCGGAUUUGCUGAAAGCCUUAGAGAAGGGCAAAGACGUGAAAGAGGAAGAGACCUUGGAGAAGAUCCACCAGUUUCUAUCGAAAGUGACACCCAUCCUAGAUGCAAUUUAUGAGAUGUACACCAAGAUGAGCGCUGAGCUGGACUACAAGGCCUGAGCGAGCGCGCUCCUCCGGUCGGCCAAGCAAGGGUGCCUUCCCUUUUCCUUCGAUAAGAUCACCAAGUCACUGUGAGCCCUUGGCUGGGCCCGAACUGCCGUUCUCCAGGAUAGCUUUUCAACCAAAACAGAAGUUGGGCUUUCCCCAUCAGGAUCUUCCUGAAAUAUUUGUCCUCUCCAUUCAAGAGCCAGAGCUCAAAAACUCUUUCAUAGCCUUUACCUGGUAGAUUUAUUUAAAACUGGUCUCGGGAAACGAGGGGUGCCUGGUGAUAAUGCUGAAUGAACAGGCACCCUAGUCUUGCCUUAAUAUACUGCUCUAGUAAGAAUGUUUCUUCCUCUCUAACCUCUGUAUGUUUGGGCUGCUUGAGACGGUCAAUGCACAGUGACUUUGUCUGGCAGCUUGUGGGGGCUUCUCGUUGGCGUGUCGAAGCCCAGCUGGUCCCAACUUCAAGCAGUUCGGGAUGGGUGUGUGUGUGUGUGUGUAUGCGUGUGUGUUGCACAGGAACCAGCCUUCAGAGACCUUUUCUGAGUGACAUUUUUAACCUCAAAGGAGUCAAAAUGGGUCUCUCCUCUUCAGGGAUAACUGGCUCCGGCUAAAAACUACCUGUUAUUUUUUAUUUUUAAGAGGUGCUCAUUUCUGAGAUGCAAGCACCGUUUUAGGCCUUCUGAAGUGAUGUGCUGCCCAUCAAAACCUUAUUGUUUUAUUUUUAGAGAAUCAACGAGGGGGGGGGACAAAAAUAAAAGUCUGAUGAGGGUACGAAUAA